AUGAUGCCCAGCGCCGCAUAGUUUCUCGUAAAUUCAAAAUGGCGGAUUUGAGAGCUUCAGUGCCAGAGUACGACAAAGAAGACGGCGAAUAUAAAGUCAAAGUCAUCUGUCUGGGCGACAGCGCCGUAGGCAAGUCCAAAUUGGUGGAGAGAUUUCUCAUGGAUGGAUACCAACCACAGCAACUCUCCACGUACGCACUCACGUUAUUCCGGUAUCAGACGGAAGUCGGCGGCAAAGACGUGUGCGUAGAUUUCUGGGACACGGCAGGGCAAGAGAGGUUCAACAACAUGCACCCUUCCUACUAUUACCAGGCACACUGCUGUAUACUGGUGUUUGAUGUGACGAGAAAGGUUACGUACAAGAACCUGCCCAACUGGUACAAAGAGCUGCGACAGUACCGACCAGAGAUACCCUGCCUCGUCUGUGCAAAUAAAAUAGACGUGGACUACAAAGUCACACAGAAAAGUUUUAACUUUGCAAAGAAGCACCAGCUACCUUUCUACUUCGUGUCAGCCUCAGAUGGAACAAACGUGGUCAAGAUGUUCAGAGAGGCCAUCAAGUCCGCGGUAGGGUACAAAGAGAACACGACAGACUUCACAGACUUGGUCAUGAGAGAGUUGGAGAACUUAGAUGACCUGAGUUUAUCGAACGACGUUGACAGUGGCGUGGACACGGCGGGAAACUCGGCAGAAACACACACAGACGAGGCGGACGAGGAACAGGCGGAGGGAGCGACGGGGACCACGUGAGAAACGCUCUGCCAACGCUGUACAUAACAUAACAUCCUACAGACAGGACCUGUACAGUACACGGCUCAGCUCUGUUCUACAAGCUACAACAGCACCUACUUCUGGCACCAUUCCACCAUAUCUUUACCUUCAGCCUGCUAAAGUAGCCGUCUGGCACCAAAUUUGUAUUGGUUAUGGGUUUAAGCAGCAGGGAGAAGGUUAAGUAAACCAGUGAUCCAAACUUUAGCAUGCCUUUUACAUUGAAAGAGUCUGUUUCGUUCAAACACAUUCCUUAUUUGCCUUGUAUGUUUCUUUUUUUCUUUUUGCUAUGAUUCAGUGUGAAGACAAGUGUGUAAUUGUUGAGUACCAUGUUUUAUGUUUCUCAUAAACAUCAGAAAAAUGUAUAAUUCUGUUGGGGACAAUAUGACGGCCAAGAAUAUUUCUCAAGAAUUUUGUGUACCUCAAGGAUUAAAUAACAGAUGCUGCAUUAGUAGAUCUUUUUAAUAUUACACUUUUUUCUUGAUAAUAAGAGUUGACUUUAAUGUGUUCUUGCUUCUUUGGGACUAACAACACAUAGAAAAAGGUUGCACCAAGAUUUUCAGUGAAAAACUUCUUGUCAAAGCAUAGCUUACAUACUGCAGUCUGCUUUUUCACCAAGUUUCUAACUGCCUCCUAAAGUACUAGUAUUGAGAAGAAUUGAAAAUGUCUCGCUAGAAUUUUAGGACAGCAAACUAAGAAACAAUUGAGAAUAUGAUGUAGAACUUUGAUAAGUUUGAAAUAUGAUCUCAAUAACUAGAUACAGAUACAUCCUACAGUGUACUGUAAAUCACUUUAUGUUUGCUGUCUGAGAAAAUUGGACAUGUUGGCAGAA